AUGAUCAAGUCCAGUUCCUCAGCAACUCUAAUGAUCGUCGUGGUCGUCGCCGUGGCAGUUCUCUGCUUCAUGUCGACUUUGUCGGAGGCCAAAGGAGGGCGCAGCAGCGGCGGCCGGAGCAGCAGCCGGCCUGUCGUUAGGGGAGCGGUGGUGGGCGGGGCGUUGAGUCGUACCAGCAACCGGAACGGCACGUCGGAGUGGUCGUCGGCCAUUGGCGCGUCCGGCCAUUAUUUUGGUGGACCAAACCAGCUGGUUGGCACCCUGGUGGUUUCCUUCCUGCUUUAUGCAAUGCAGUAA